CCUCUUUGUCCCUCUUCAUUCUCUCUCGCACAAACCUUCUGAGCAUUAUACACACCGUAACAUUUCACAAAUUCCAAGUCCACCCCCUACCAAUCGCCAAAAUUCCGGCUGUAUCCCCCGCCACUCCCGGCCAUGGCUCCGUCCUCCUCUGCCGCUUCCACCCACAAACCAUCCCCCUGCCACGGCAUCGUUUUCCGCGCUGCGCCGCCACAGCUGGCAGCGCAGCCCGCGAAGAAGUUCAUGUCGAUGGCAGAGGUGAUGGCGAACGCGAAAUUCGCGGUGGUGGAGCGCGAUGACUACGGCGAGGUCAUCUGCGAGCAAUGCGGCUCCGGUGACCGCGCCGAGGAGCUGCUUCUCUGCGACAAGUGCGAUAAAGGUUUCCAUAUGUUCUGCCUUAGGCCCGUCAUGGUCCGUGUUCCGAUCGGAUCGUGGUUCUGCCCAAAAUGUUCUGGCCAGAGACGUGUAAGAAGUUUUCCUCAGACUAAGAUUACAGAUUUUUUCCGCAUUCAGAAAUGUGCCAAUGUUGUUGAGAAAUGUACAUCUCCACAAGGUAAGUUGCCGGAAUUCAUCACCGUCGUCAUCUUCGAUGUCAUCGUAGACAUCGUGCUCGACAUGAGAAAGCGUCGAAAACGUUCUGGGUCAUUAGUCUUAUACAAGAAAAGAAGGAGACUGUUGCCAUUUACUCCAACAGAAGAUCCUGCACGAAGGUUGAAACAAAUGGGUUCCCUAGCUACUGCCUUAACAGCAUUGAAGAUGGAAUUCAGUGAUGGCCUCACUUACAUGUUAGUCAUGGCUCCUAAAUCAGCCAAUCAGGCAAAAUUUGAAAAUGGUGGCAUGCAGGUGCUUUCCAGAGAAGAUGCAGAAACCGUGGAAUACUGCAAAGCCAUGUGUAAAAGAGGCGAUUGUCCUCCCCUUGCAGUAGUCUUUGAUUCAUGUGAAGGUUAUACAGUCGAGGCUGAUGGUCAUAUAAAAGAUAUGACAUUUAUCACAGAAUACACUGGUGAUGUGGAUUACAUCAAGAACCGUGAACAUGAUGACUGUGAUAGCAUGAUGACCCUUCUUUUAGCUACAGAUCCAUCCAAAAGUCUUGUGAUCUGUCCCGAUAAGCGAGGAAAUAUUGCUCGCUUUAUUAAUGGAAUUAAUAAUCAUACUCCGGAGGGAAGGAAGAAGCAGAAUCUUAAGUGCGUAAGAUACAAUGUCGAUGGUGAAUGCCGUGUCUUUUUGGUUGCUACUCGUGACAUUGCUGAAGGGGAACGAUUAUAUUAUGACUAUAAUGGAUAUGAGCAUGAAUACCCAACACAUCAUUUCGUCUGAGAUUUCAUAUAUAGAUGAAAUCAAUUUCUAACAAUAUGCAGGAUCAUCGAUCGUGUAGUUUUGGAUCCCAUUGAAUCCUCCCCAUUUUUCAUUCUCUUCCACAGUUCACCCAUUGUUGUGUAGGGCCAACACAUCUUUUUCCAAUUGGUUCCAUUGGGCUCUUCGGCUUAAUUUAUCAUGUAGUGCUGGCCGAUUCUGUGGCCCCGAGAGAAUUAGAUCAGGCGAUGGCAAUUUUUGUUGUCUAAUAAUUUAGCAUAGGAAAAACUCAAAUGUCUCAGAAAUAGGAUCUGUUAUACAUUGUCUUUGUUAACACAUCUGUAACACAAUUUUUAAUAAAGACUCUAGCCUAAUUUCAUGAUUA